AUAGCCUAAAGCGUUGUUGGUGUAGUUUCACAGGGAAAUAUGUUAGGGAAGCUUUUAUCAUGUUUCAGCUCAAUUCAUGUUGGGUUGCAGGUGGGAUAUUUGAUUUCGAUACUACUAGAAAAAGGGAUUCCAAAACUGCUAGAACAAACAUCCCGACGAUUCCCGAAGAGAAACCUCAAAAGUUUUGAGGUUGAAGACAGAAUAAGUGCGUUACCAGACGAUUUGCUUGUGCGGAUAUUGUUGUUUGUGCCAACAAAAUAUGCAGUGCUUACAAUGAUUUUGUCAAAAAGAUGGCGGUCUAUUUGGAAGAUGGUGCCAGAGCUCAACUACCUAGAGAUGAUCAAUGAUGAUACUAACAAAGUAAUUAUUGGCGGUUUACUUGGUCGUUUACUUGAGCGUUUUUUUGGCAGAAGUGAUCAGCGACGACAGUGGCUUUUGCGGUUUAUUGACGAGUCAUUACAAGCCCAUAAGGCACCUGUUUUAGAAUCAUUACUUAUAGAAGUCGAUACAGGACGUCAGGUUGAUGUUGAUGUUGGAAACUGGAUUAAAAAAGCGGUUCAUCGUAGAGUCCGUGAGCUAGGGUUUAUUCUCAGAUGGUCCGCAGAGCCUACUAGGUUACCUAAUAACCUUUACACAUGUGAUACACUCGUUUCUCUAGGCCUUUCCAACAAGGUUCUUGUGGAUGUUCCUUCUCUAGCAUGCCUCCCAUCCCUCAAAAAUCUUCAACUUGACUCUGUGGUAUACAAAGAUGAAGAUUCUUUGGCCCGAUUAUUUUUGAGUUGUCCUCUUCUAAAAAAAUUGAUCGUGGAACGUCACCACCAAGACAACGUAAAAGUUUUCAAUAUAAAAGCCCCUUUGUUGGUAUUUUUAUCAUAUCAUUAUGUGGAAUUAAAACCACAUGACGAAGGCAUUGAGGGGAGUUUAGUAAUAGAUUCUCCGGCUUUAAAGAAAAUCUUCAUCACAGAUCACUCGAGAGACUCUUACUCGAUCGCAAACGAACCUCGCCUUGAGAAGGCAAAUAUCAACUUCCUUUUCUACCCUGAUUACAGGUUUAGGACAUCUCUUUCCUCGCUCAUGUGUGUCGAAUUUGUUUUGAGCUAUGCAACGGUAUGUAGUGCUCUUUUCAGUUUCAUCAUUUUUAUUUUCUUCAUUGGCAUUGUUAUUACAUACCUGAGGUUUUACUUAUGUGUUGUUGUGUUCAUCGCUGCGUGGUUUAGCACUAUUGGCUACUCUCAUCUUAUGGAGUGUAAGAUAAUACUUGUACACGAUUUAGACUGGUUACAACCACUAAUGAUGUUGCUUCAAAAUUCUCCUAAUCUAAAAGUUCUUCUCAUCGACAAGACAUUCCUUCAACUUGCGGAGGAGUUGCCACUUUCAUGGAACCAACCAAGUUCUGUUCCCGGAUGUUUGUCAACCCAUCUCGAGAUAUUUGAGUGGAGAGAAUAUGAAGGAAGAAACGAAGAGAGAGAAUUCAUAAACUACAUCUUUGCGAACUCAGAGUGUUUAAAGAGAGCUGGAUUCUCUUUGAAAUCAACCAGCAACCAUAAAGAUAGAAAGAAGAUGAAAGAUUUGGAGUCUAUGUAUAGGGUUUCAGCAUCAUCCCAGCUUCUCUUCUCCACUCAUGUAGAAUAUAUGAGUGUUUCAGAUGAACUGAGGGCCUGAUUUUAUUUCAUAUGGUUCAUGUGUG